AUGGUCGACAAUACAUCGUCGUCCGAGCAGACAGUCCGCGAUUGUGAAGCUUAUAUUGCAAAACAUGAUAUACAAAAUUUAUUACGUGACUGUAUUGUUCAAUUAUGUUUAAAAAAACCAUCAAAUCCAAUACAAUUUCUUGCUGAUUAUUUUGAUAAACUUGGUAAUCAAUCAGCAUCAUCAUCAACAACAACUAAAAAAUCAACAAUGCGUCAACAACAAACAGCAUCCCCAACUGAAUUAACAAGUAAACAACAAUCAACAAAUGGUAGUGUUGCUGGAGAAAAUGAUGAUCUUGCCGAUUUAAAUGAAGCAACUGGUGGUAAUACAAGUACUCAUCAAAAUCAAAUAACAACAACUACUUCUGGUAAAACACGUGAACGUCGUGGUGCAGUAUCAGCUGAACCCUAUAAAGAAGAAGAUGCAACAUCAUAUGUUAAAACUGUUAUACCAAAAGAUUAUGCAACAAUGCAAGCAUUAAGUAAAGCUAUACAAUCGAAUUUAUUAUUUUCACAUUUAGAUGAUAGUGAAAAAUCUGAUAUAUUUGAUGCGAUGCAACCAUUUAAUUAUAAAGCUGAUGAAACAAUAAUUCAACAAGGUGAAGAAGGAGAUUUUUUUUAUAUUAUUGAUCAAGGUGAAGUUGAAGUUUAUGUUAAUAAUAAAUGUGUCACAGCUAUAUCUGAUGGUGGAAGUUUUGGUGAAUUAGCACUUAUUUAUGGUACACCACGUGCAGCAACAAUUAAAGCUAAAACUGAGUGUAAAUUAUGGGCUAUUGAUAGAAAAACUUAUCGACGCAUUUUAAUGGGUUCAACAAUUAAAAAACGUAAAAUGUAUGAAGAAUUUUUAUCGAAAGUUAAAAUUCUUCAAGAACUUGAUCAAUGGGAACGUUUAACUGUAGCUGAUGCUCUUGAACCUGUACAAUUUACUGAUGGUGAUAAUAUUGUUGUACAAGGUGAAAAAGGAAAUGACUUCUUUAUUAUUGUUGAAGGUACUGCUAUUGUCUAUCAAAAACCAUCGGAUGAAGAACCAGCUGUUGAAGUAUCAAAAUUAGGUCCCUCGGAUUACUUUGGUGAAAUAGCUUUACUAUUUGAUCGACCUCGUGCUGCUACAGUCAAAGCUAAAGGUCCAUUAAAAUGUGUUAAAAUGGAUCGUAAUCGAUUUGAACGUGUACUUGGACCUAUAUCGGAUAUUCUUAAGCUAUAUUCAUCAAUGAAUAAUAAAAAAAGUUCUUCUAUGUCAGCUACACGUCGUCGUCAAUUAGAUGAAUCCUUUCGUCGUUUAACUCGACAAUGUGAACAAAAAGAUUCAUGUCAAAAAUAUUUACCAACAAUAUCAUUGAAAACUGAUAAUUUAUUAGAACAACAACAAAAAGAAUUCGCUGAAAUAGAUAUGAUUAAUUGUGUACGUCGAUGUAUAUCACAUUUAUGUUAUAAAGAUAUUUAUGAAAAAGAUCCACUUGAACGUGGGGAAAUUGAUGUUAGAUCUAAUCAAUUUAAAUCAUGUUGGAUUAAAGAACAAAAAGAAUAA